AUGCCUCUUUGGGAAGAGAGAGUCCGGAAGAUUGGCCACGGGAGCAACCGGGUCAUUGAUAUUGCGGAAGCACACGAGUCGGCUCGUUGCAGCACACCUCUUCCCGGCCACAGCGUAGAUUCCGAGGAUGCACUUGGACUUUCGCCUGGGGAUGAUGUGAUAGUUACGCCAGACGAUUACGGACAGGGACAUACCACUGGACGCCUAGUGACUUUGACACCGCGAGAGGUUGCCGUUGUGCGUGAUGAUCCUCUUGUAGGACAGGUGAUCGUACACUUUCCUCGUAUUGGGUUUCGCAUCUCCCGUUCUUCGAAACCUUAG